GAGAGAGAGAGAGAGAGAGAGAGAGAGAGAGAGAGAGAGAGAGAGAGAGAGAAGUUGUAGUUUCUGAUACUGAAAGGUGGUGGUCGGAGGUGAUCGCUGACCAGAAGUAGAUGAUGGCUGAUAGCCGGAAGUGACUGUAGUUGUCAGUAGUUGAUGGCCAAAGGGGUUGGAACCAAUUUAAGGAAGCAAGAAAACAAGUGAUUGGAUGCAAAUUCAGAUAUUAGGUAGUUUGUAAAACCAUAGAAUCCCGAAAUGAAAACCAGACAUCAAGAUGACGAUGAGCUUCAAUGGAUUCCACCGUCUCUAUUACAUCAUCUCCAUCGCACUUCUGUUGCAACCACCAUCCGCCAUCGCCGGAGAUUCAAUCCUCUCCAGAUUCCAACAAUAUCUUCAAAUCAAUACAUCUCACCCAUCACCCAACUACCAUCAAGCUGCAGAUUUCAUCCUCUCCCAAGCUAAAUCCCUCUCCCUCGAAUCCCGCACCAUUGAAUUCGUCAAAAACAAACCCUUGAUCCUUCUAAAAUGGCCCGGCAAAAACCCCGACCUCCCUUCCAUUCUUCUCAACUCCCACACCGACGUCGUCCCCGUCGAACCCCACAAAUGGUCCCAUCCUCCCUUCGACGCCACAAUCGACCCUGAAAACGGCAACAUCUACGCUAGAGGCUCACAGGAUAUGAAGUGCGUCGGUUUGCAGUAUCUAGAAGCAAUUCGGAAGCUCAAGGAUUCGAAAUUCGAGCCGUUGAGGACAAUCUAUGUCUCGUUUGUUCCCGAUGAGGAAAUCGGUGGAUUCGAUGGGGCGAAGAGGUUUGCGAAUUCGAAGAUAUUUGAUGAGAUGAACGUCGGGAUUGUGCUGGAUGAAGGAUUGGCGUCGCCGGAGGAGUAUUACAGGUUGUUCUAUGCGGAGAGACGUGCGAUGUCGUUGGUGAUAAAAGCUACCGGAGCCCCUGGGCAUGGGGCUAAGAUGUAUUAUAACACGGCAAUGGAGAAUUUAUUGAAGAGUAUCGAGAGUGUGAGGAGGUUCAGAGCAUCUCAGUUUGAUUUGGUGAAGGCAGGCGUCAAAGCUGAAGGGGAGGUCAUCUCUGUAAACAUGGUCUUCCUCAAAGCUGGAACUCCUUCUCCUACUGGUUUCGUGAUGAAUUUACAGCCAUCGGAAGCGCAGGCUGGUUUUGAUAUUCGAGUGCCACCAAUUGCCGAUCACGAUCAAGCAUCGUUGGAGAGACGAAUUGCAGAAGAGUGGGCCCCAGCUUCACGAAACAUGACAUUUGAGAUUCGGCAGUUUAAGCAGAAGGAUUCUGGGAAGCCAAUUUUGACAGCCUAUGACAGUUCAAAUCCAUGGUGGACUCUAAUUGAAGAAGCCAUAGUUAAAGCCAAGGGCAAAAUUGGAAAACCAGAGAUAUUUCCUGCUUCAACCGAUGCUCGAUACUUCAGGAUGAAGGGUGUUCAUGCAAUUGGGUUUUCUCCCAUGGCAAACACUCCUAUCCUUCUCCAUGAUCAUAAUGAGUUUUUGAACAAGGAAGAAUACUUGAAAGGGAUUGAGGUUUAUGAGUCGAUUCUCAAAGCUUUUGCAUCUUUUGUUGAAGCUAAAAAUGGGGAAGAUUCUUUGGGAGAUGAGCUAUAAAAAAGGAUGGAGAAUUGUAGGCAAUUAAACCCUCUAGUGCAUUUACUACAUGCUUUUGGUGUCUUGAAGUGAAGAUUUCCUAUAAUUAGAAACUCAAUUGAGCCAUUUUACUCGGUGAAACUCAAUCACAAAUAUUUUUGGCCUAUUGCAUCCUAUAUACUUUUUUGCUUGAAGAAGUUCGUGAUAUAGAACUUGAAGAAGUGACAUGUGAGGUAUUAAAUACAUGGACGAGAGAGGGGAACAAAUAAGAUUCAAUAUCAAACAAAAUGUAGAGUGAAUAUUUAAUAUUUUUUUUUUCAACGAGUUCAAUUGGUAAUACAAAAAAUAACAUAGCUAAACAAAGAUGGUCCAAUAAACCAAGUGUUGUUGUAAGUGUGUUUUAAUUAAUACAAAAAAAUUUCGAAG